ACUCCGCUAGAUCGUCGCGAUCGCGCGCGCCCGCGCUCGCUGUGUGCCAUCAGCGGUGCCAGUAACGUAGAGACGGGCGCUGUUCGUUCGAUGGACAGUGCUCGCUAACCUUUGCUGCUCUCGGGUACGCUUUGGGGUUCAAUACAGCAUAUCCCAAGGAGCAGGGAGGGGCGCCGCGACGCAGCGAUGAGCGCGAUGGACACGUCCCAGACGCCGCCGCAUCGGCACGCCUACCGAGCGGCCGACGCGGUAUUAAGGAGCCACACGCCGACGAGCCAAUUCGGCAAGAGCGCUUUAGUAAGGCAGUGCCUCGACGGCACCGCCUUCGCGCCUCCUACUAAACAAAGGGAGCGCAAGGCCGACGCGGCAUCAGCAUUGAGGUGCUGCGCGGCGUGCUUGCGGCCGGGCGCGACGCGACGCUGCGGCCGCUGCGGCAAGGCGUCGUACUGUAGCAAGGAUUGUCAAAGAACGGAUUGGGCUAGACAUAAAAAAACAUGUCUGGGGAGAGAUGAUGCUCUAAAUGCGCCGAUCCAGUCGUUGACGUCGGAACUGUCGAACGUCUUCCGGUUGGGCGAGGACGCUCUGAAAAGAGCGGGCCUGCCGAACCCGUCGGUGAGCUGGUCGAAGGAGGUCCUUGAAGCUCUCUGUGAUUGCUGCUUGUUGCCUGGCUUACAAUUGGUCCCGUCCGACGACCGGCCCCACGAGGGUUUGGGAUUGGGCCUGCGGACGAUCGCGUUGCUGUUUUUGAGGCAUGGUGCGACACCGACGCCCAAGCUCCUACAAAUGGUCCUCGCGCACAAAUCCGUGGAGAGCGGGCCUGGCAUGGAGGAUCCGGCGGCUUAUAUCGUGGCGCGCGCGCGCAUGGGGCCGGAGACGUUUCCUUCCGGUCAUCCCUUGCGCGGGCCCUGCGACGACGCGUUGAUUCGGCUCGGGCCGUUGCUGCGGCACGCGUCUUCUGUCCAAUUGCCACCGGAGCCUUUAUUGGGACUGGGGUCCGGCGAGGAUGAUAGGGUGGAGAUCAUCGAGGCGCUACUGCGGUCGCUGGCGUACGUCCAGGAGCCGGCGCCUUCCGGGAAGGUGGAUCUUGUUCAGAGGUAAUUUAUUUAGUCUAUUUUUUGCGUCGAUAGCGCUCUAUUCUAUUCGUUGCGUCGAUGGCGCGCCGCGGCCAGUUUGCGAGUUUCCCGCAAUUUAUUCGUACGCUGAUGGUCGAGAGACGUAGCGACGCUUCGCGAGACGUGUGAUUUCGGCCGUAGCGGGCAGUUCAACCACAGGAAGUUUGCUCAGCUCGAGAUUUACCCAUCAGCUGAGCUCUGCCUCGUUUUUGGUGUGUCCAUAUUUCCGCCCACCUUCGCAAACCUUUGCGUACGAGCCAGCGUAGAGCAUCUCGAUUGAGUCCUUACUCGGUUCGCAGCGAAACUGCGCUGCGCGGCGCGACAGCGCUGCCAAAUUCAGCAGCAAAAUCGAGCGGCCUGGCCUCCGCGCAGGCGCGUUCCCCGGUUGCACAAAACUGCGUAAAAA